AUCAACAUUGGCUAUACACACUUCAUACAAUUUGUAUAUUAACUGUUUUUAAGUAUUUAGCAAAGACAAUAAUUAAUAAACAAAAUGAAGGUUAUUGUGCAAGUUUUUGCGCUCUUCGCCAUCGUCUCGGUCGCUUAUUCCGCCAGCUCGACUUGGGGUGUGCGCAAUUCUACCGAUUCCGUUAUUAUCAAUAAACGUGUGUUCUAUCCAGCUGUGCGAAAUGUUGCGCAGACUUUCUACUUCGAUAUACCAGCGUCGUUUCAGAGUAACAGCAAAGUGAUUAGCGCCAUUUAUCUGCAAGAUCAAUUCCAAAACAGUACCGGUCCAGUAAAUGCUUUGGUGUCUGGUGGACCCGGUUGGACCUAUGCCUCGAUACAAAUGAGAACUCAAAAUAGCCUUGGUUUAAAUGUAACACUUGUUGUUUAUGGCAAAUAAUUAAAUAAAUUUAAUAAAAUUUGUAAAAUUUCAUUAUUUAAACCCCUAAGUGCUGAUACGGUCAAUAUAAAUAAAUAUAAUAUAUAUAUA